GUAUCGAUCAUUUGAAUAUGUUGCCUUUACUUGCUAUCUUGGUGCUCGGCGUUUUUGCGCAACAGACAUUCGCAGACGAACCCGAAGCGAUUGUCGGCGGUAUAUCCGCUUUGCCGGGCGAGUUUCCGUAUCAAUGUAGUCUGCAGAUGCACAGCAAUCACUUCUGCGGCGGCAUUAUCGCCAGCCCGACAUGCAUAGUCACCGCUGCUCACUGCCUGGACGGCCGCACACCGCCACCCUUUGACACCAUAAAGGUCAUCACCGGAAGCAUCAGCAGCACCGUAGGAAGAGAGCGCUCAGUUAAAUUCGGCAAAAUACAUCCAGAUUACAAAGGAUCCGCACAGUACUCCUGGAAAAACGAUGUCGCUGUGCUUGUCCUCAAGGAACCGCUGAAGUUCAACAGCUAUCAGUCCUCCAUUCGGUUGGCUACUCAAACACCUCCCAGCGGCACUCCGUGCGUAGUGACCGGAUGGGGUAAGACGAGUGUGAACUCGUCAAUUGAGCCGACCCUUCUCAAGGCAUAUACAACGAUAAUUGACAACAAAACUUGCCGGGAUUUGUAUAAUGGUCAACCGAUCUACGAUGUUCAUCUGUGCACAUUCGUCGGGCAUGGAACUGGUAUUUGCCAGGGUGAUAGCGGUGGUCCACUCAUGUGCAAUGGUAAACUGGCCGGAAUUGUUUCCUGGCUCAUCCCUUGCGCUGUUGGCUACCCAGAUGUCUUCUGUGAUGUCGCCCAAGUCCGCUCAUUUAUCCAGUCUGUAUGUCCAGAGGUUUAACUAACAGCAGUAUAAACGGCAGUCCAAUCAAGCAUGCAUCACACACUACUAACAUGCUGUUUAUAUACUGAUAAAAAUGUAACACGCGAUGCAGAUCACGACAGCUGACUGAUCAGUCUUCGUCGAUCGCGUCCUUAAAAUAAAAAAAGAAAUCUAUGUUUUCUUAAUAUUAAUUAAUUAAUAAACGUUAUGACCCAGAUAGCAAAAAAUCUUCAGAGAAUGUUCUAGGACGUUCUUAGGAUGUAUGAAUGUCCUUAGAACAUCUUUAGAACAUCCUUUAAAGUUUUGUGCUGUGUGGAGAUUAGAACUA